UUACUACAAUUAAUAUCUCUUGCGCUUCUGAACAAGUCGAUUUGUUAUUCAUGUCAAUUGCAAAAGUGGCUAAAAAUCUUAGUGAUAAAUUAACUCCCGACCUAAAAAUAUUAUCUGAAAAUGAUAGAUUAUAUAUUAGCACAUUUUAUGGUGUAUUUUUAGGAUCUGCAGAAGAGGCAAAAAGUGCAGUCAAUGAAUUAAUUGAAUUAACAGAACCCGCUUUUGCAAACUUUGUAGAAUUGUCUUGGGGGGAAGCUAUUGAAGAAUCUCCUAAAUUUGAACGCCAACCUUUUAAAUCAACAUCUUAUGUUAUCGCGCCACCAG